CGUACUCCCUAUAUCUACUAUGAAUUGCUUGGUGAAUCAGUUGGACCACCAGAAAAGCCGUAUGAUUUUAAAGAGCCAGAGCUUAAAAUGAUAAAUAAUAAUUUAUUUAUCAGUUUAUCGAUUUAUCCAUCCAUUUAUAAAUUGGAAUUAUAA